AUGAAAGCAAGCCCGGAGCUCAACGGGAAGCUGAAUCUCAUCGUGACGGCAGAACAUGGCAUGGCACAAAUACCUCUACAGAAUCGAAUCGAGCUUCAUAAGGUUUUAACAUAUAGCAAAAUGUACAAAGGAAGUAACUCUCCGGGACUGGUCGGACUCUGGCCGCAACCAGGAUACAACGCAACAUUCCUCUAUCAAAAAAUCAAUGACUCAAUCACGGCCGGUACUCUCAAAAACUGCCGAGUAUGGCUCAAGGAAAACCUGCAAGAACCUUUCCAUUUGGCCAGGAGCUACCGCAUGCCGCCCGUGUUCCUACUUGGUGAUUCUGGUUACCUGGUUAACAUUCAGAAAAACUCAUUUACUAUUAAGCCAGACAAAAAAGGUACGUACUGUGCAUUAGCAGCUUUGCUGUUUGCAUUCCUUUUCUUACCUUGA